AGGAGAAAGAAUGCAACUCGAGAAUCAACAACAACGUUGAAAUCCUGGUUGUACGAGCACAUGAAGAACCCAUACCCGACUAAAGGCGAAAAAAUUAUGUUGGCCAUCAUAACGAAAAUGACGCUGACACAAGUUUCAACGUGGUUUGCUAACGCGAGAAGAAGGCUAAAAAAGGAGAACAAGAUGGUUUGGUCACCAUCAAAACGCACAAACAACAAUGGCGAU